GAGCGUGCGUUGGUCCGGAAAGGCGGCAGAUGGCAGCAGAGAGCCGUCGCGUGUUCAUGACGUCGAAGUCCGAGGACGGUAGUGGUUGUUGCAGCACGUGAAGAUAUAAACACACAGUAAAGGCAACAUGGCAAAAAACAAACAGAAAGGGAAAAAACAGAAGAAUGUCUUUCAAGUGGCAAACAAGCACCUGAAGAGCAAGAACAAAGCCAAACCAGUCACUACGACACUCAAACACAUCAGUGCCGGGAAGAAGGAGAAGGUGGAGAGCUUAAAUCAAAUCUUCACAGAAGUCCAGAGGGAUGUUAAGAGCAUUUCGAAAUCUGUCGCUCCCGAGCCAAAGAAACAAAUCCAGGUUCCCAAAGAGCCGCCAAAGGAAUCUGUAAAUGUUGACAGCGCCGCUCAGCUCUUCUCUCAGCUAUAAUGGACCAAGAAUCAACGAUGACAAUAUUGACUGAACAUUUUCCAUCAUUUGCACUGCAAAGGGGAGCAUCACAGGAAGUUGCAGUGUUUGUGUGAAACUAAUGUAUUGUGGGCAAUUUGAAGAUCCCAUGAAAUGGAAAAUACACUUUGUCUGCAUCCAUCUACCGUCCGAUCGCUGUUGAGUCAUCUCUUGAUCCGUGCUAAAUAAUUUUCAAACAGCCGAUAGAGCUGCAGCAUCACGAGCUCCAGGUAACUCUGAGUACGGCACACUGAGUUCGAUUGCCAGCUGAAAACGCAAAUCAAUCCUCCAACCAACUUUGUGCAUCGGUGGCCCCGAACCACUGAAAAGAGGUUUUUGACGACAGUGUAUUGAACAUUUAUUUAUGUAUAAAUGUUGGUUUUCUGCUACAUCAACUAAUAAUUAUUUAACUGAUUCACCUGCUGAUCAGUUGUAUUAUGAAAGGGAGGCUCGUUUAUUAAAAGGGGAAUUGCUCAAGGAGAUGUGACUCAUAGCCACAUCUUUGAGCAGGUGGAGGAUGUGAUCGAUGAUUAUAAAAAUUUGUCAAUUAACCAACGACCAUUUCUUUCAGUUCACCACUUCCUCUGUUGAAAAACUCUUUGUUUCGGAUAUACUUCCUUUAGCAAAAGAAUAAAUACU